GCAUGUUAUGUGUUCUCAUUUCUGUACUUGGACUGCUACCCUACUUUCCUUCUUCCAAUUUUGCUGAUAGUCUUUUUCCCGGCAACCAAACAUCUAAUCCGAGAAAAAGAAAGGUGGGAAUUUGUGGUUUUCACUUUCCAGACAAACCCAAAGACAUGAAAUUCAGUUCCUGUUUCACAAAUUGUUUUUCUCAUCCAUCAGAGACAACCAUCAUCAACAUAAACAUACAGGAACCACAUGGAGAAAAUGAUGAGAAUUUUACUGUCUUCUCUUAUAGUGAGCUCGCGCUUGCCACACGUGGAUUCUCAGCUGCAAACAAGAUCGGAGAAGGUGCCUUUGGUUGUGUCUACAAGGGUUUGCUUGCAAAUGGUUCUAUUGUAGCUGUAAAAAUGCUUUCUAUCGAGCUCGAAUCGAUGCGUGGGGAAAGGGAGUUUGUAUCUGAAAUUUCUGCACUUACAACUCUCAAACAUGAUAAUCUUGUUACACUUAAAGGCUGCUGUGUUGACGGAGCUACAAGGCUCUUGGUUUACAAUUACAUGGAAAAUAAUAGCCUGGCACAGAUAUUACUGGGUGGAGAGAAAAACAGGAUCAAACUUGGUUGGGAAGCAAGGCGAGCGAUUUCACUCGGAGUUGCUCGAGGGCUUGCAUAUCUUCAUGAGGAAGUUAAGCCACGCAUUGUGCACAGAGAUAUUAAAGCUAGCAACAUUCUUUUGGAUCAGAAUUUAAUACCGAAAGUUUCGGAUUUUGGUCUUUCGAGAAUUCUGAGGGAUAAUGCUUCUCAUAUUAGCACCCAUGUUGCAGGCACAUUAGGCUAUAUCGCCCCAGAGUACGCCUUCAGUGGACGUUUAACAAGAAAAACAGAUGUUUACAGUUUUGGGGUCCUACUUUUGGAAAUUAUUAGCGGCCAGACGGUGGUCGAUUUUGACCUAGAGCAUGGUGAACAUUACCUGGUUCAAAAGGCAUGGGAACUAUACAGGGAUAAUAGGAUUCUGCAAUUGGUGGACCCUACAGUAGGUUUGAACUACCCCCAAGAAGAUGCGAUUCGAUUCAUCAAGGUGGGUCUCCUUUGCGUUCAAGAAAAAGCCCGGCUCCGACCAGAAAUGUCGACGGCCCUGAAAAUGUUGAGUAAUGAUGUUGACAUUGAAAGAGUUCAGAUUUCACAACCAGGUCUUGUUGCUGAUCUGAUGAAUAUCAAGUUGGGACAAAAGACAACGUUUCAUAGCCUCUACACUAAAGCCUCAAAUUUGGAAAACACCCCAAGCCCCCUCAGCUCAUGCUCUUGACUUGGCUCUAUUCUUUUGGGAGAAACCAAUGACUGCUUGUUGACGGCACCGAAACUGUUAGAAUACAGCCUGAAAAUAUUGUACAAAGAAAGAAGGAAAACACAGAGAUAUAACUCUUUCUCACAACAAAUUUUCAUUUUUUUCAGAUCAAAAUAAACAUAUUACAAUUUGCUAGGGAAUGAAACAUCAAAACUCUCCCUUCUGCAGUG